AAUAUAUUUCGUAUUGGUGGUCCAAUUUUAAUCGUUUUUGGUACGAUCAGUUGUUUACUCAGUUGUAUCAUAUUCAGACAAAGAAAUCUUCGUAAAAAUCCUUGUACAAUAUAUUUUUUGUCAUUUAAUUUAUCUAAUUUAUUACUUAUAUAUUCAUCAUUAUUACCUGUAAUGCUUGAAACAGGUUAUAAUAUUCAACCAACUUCGAUUGAUCGAAUGUAUGUUACUUCACCAAAUGUUCAUUUACGAAAUCGAAGUAAUAAUUGUUUUGCUUAUAAAUCUAUUAUAAUUGGUACAUUAUUUUGGAUGAUAUUUAGUAGUCAUGCAUUAAUCUUUCGAGAAAUUGUACCAAGUAUAACAAAUGAUAUUACUUGUAAUUUUAAACCAGGUAUUUAUAUGAUAUUCUUAGCUUAUUAUUCAUUGGUUAAAGGUAUUUCAGUACCUUUUCUUAUGAUACUUUUUGGAUUAUUGGCUAUAAAAAAUAUUCGACGUUUAUGUCGUAUUAAUGUUGUUACUGACGGAAGAAAUAAUUCAUAUGUUCCAUCAUCAAAAGAUAGAAAACUUAUUUAUAUGGUACUUAUGAAUAUUAUUGUAUAUAUUCUCUUUGAUUCAAUAAAGACACUAUAUCUUAUGUAUGAGCAAAUUACACAAUAUCAUAUAAAGAAUGAUUUACAAAAACAGAUGGAUAAUUUCUUUAGAUCAAUUGGUGGAUUUAGUCUUUAUAUUCGAUUUUGUAUUUGUGGUUACAUUAAUUUACUCGUUUCUGGAAGUAUUAUUCGUGAAGAAAUAAAAAAAAUAUUUUUAUGGAGAAGAAUUUUUCAUUAA